AUGGGGGCGAGGGGCGCGCGCGCGGCCCUGUGCGGCCUGACGCUGCUCUGCGCGCUCGGCCUGGGCGAGCGCCCCGCCGGGGGUCCGAGCUGCGGGCCCGGCCGGCUGCUGCGCGGAGCCGGGACGGACGCGCGCUGCUGUCGCCUGUGCUCCCCGGCUGAGGUUUGUCCUGAGGGGGACUGCACAUGCGUCCAGCCCGAGUUCCACUGUGGAGACCCCCAGUGCAGCACCUGCAAGCACCACCCCUGCCCGCCCGGCCAGGAGGCUCGGCCGAGCGGCAUCAGAGACCUCUGUCCAAUGGAGAAGGUGUGUGUGGGUCACGCUGCCGUGGCCCCAGCUGGAUCCCAUCCCAUCUACCCCAGCCAACCGGCUGUCUGUCUGUCUCCAGGGAAUUUCAAUUUCGGCUUUGAGUGUGUCGACUGUGUCGCAGGGACCUUCUCUGGGGGCCACGAGGGUCGCUGCAAGCCCUGGGCAGACUGCUCCCAGUUUGGGCUUCCCACCGCGUUCCCUGGGAACAAGACACACAAUGCCGUGUGCAGCCUGGGGCUGCUGCCCGCUGAGCCACAGGACCCGCUGACCGCCGCCCUCCUUACCAUGGCCGCCUGCGUCCUGGUCCUGACCGCCGCCCAGCUCGGCCUGCACAUCUGGCAGCUGAGGAGGCAGCGCGUGUGGCCGCCAGAGACCCAGCCGCUGCUGGAGGCGGGCCCGCCCGCCGAGGACGCCCGCAGCUGCCAGUUCCCUGAGGAGGAGCGCGGGGAGCAGCUCCCCGAGGACAAGGGCCAGCUGAGGGAUCUGUGGGUGUGAGCCCUGGCUGUCCUCUGCCACCGUGGACCCAGAGCUGGACCCUCCCGGGGAAGCGGCCCAGGCUGACCCUCGGGAGCUAGGGCGCUGCACCCUGCUGUGGGGCCCCAGCCCGGGGCCCGGCCCCGCUCCCCUCGAUGGCGGAAGUGGGUGUGGGUGGUGACAGUGACCGGUCCUCCAGAACAUGCAGAAGAGGCAGCGGCUGUGGCCACACUCCGCGGGAGAUACAGACACGGCCACUCUGCCUCCCUCCCUCCCUCCCUGGCCCUGUUGGG